AAACUUAACCAUGGCGUGUCCUUUCAUAGAUGAGGUGGUGGAUGAGGGAGCUAUAGUCUUGCGGAGGGCAUUUCAAAGAGAGAGAACUUUCAGAGACAGGUCAGACCCAUUGGCUUUUAAUGACAGCUACCUGUAUGAGCGAUAUAGGUUCUCAAGAGAUGGGAUUGCAUAUAUUUGUAGAUUACUAAGCCCACACAUUGCAAAUAAUACAUGCCGCAACAGAGCGCUCACAGUCCCACAGACGGUGUGCAUUGCACUUCGCUUUUUUGCCAGUGGAACAUUUUUGUACACAGUUGGAGAUGCAGAGAAUAUCAGCAAAGCAUCAGUUUGCCGCUCUGUACGAACUGUGUACCUUUCUUUAAAAAGCCUACUCAAUGUGUUCAUCACAUUCCCUGGCCACAAAGCUAUUCGUACCAUUAAACAUGCCUUUUAUGGAAUAGCUGGUUUCCCAAAUGUUAUCGGUGCAUUGGACUGCACCCAUGUGCGUAUUAAGUGUCCGUCUGGUCCACAUGAAGCGGACUUUGUGAAUAGGAAAUCAGUACACAGCAUCAAUGUACAGAUGAUUAGUGAUGCAGAUUGCAUCAUCACAAAUGUAGAGGCCAAAUGGCCAGGCUCUGUGCAUGACUCCAGAAUCUUUAGAAAGGUGGAAAGUGAUCAAAAAGGUUACAGUAAUCAGCAGAUCCAGUCGGUGUCCAGACGAGAUGGUGGACCUGCACCCAGGAAUGACCACAAUACAUCCCUGAAUGUCAGCGGAGACCAUGUCAACUAG